CCUCGGGGCUUCCGUCGAGGAGCGAGAGGCACAGCACCGCGCAUGUCGAAGAUGCUCACCCGGGAGUGCGAGAGCGAGGCAGAGGGAGCCGCUCAGUCAGGCGCUGGCUGUCGCUGGUGAAGCGUCUGCUCCAACGCGAGGUUUUUUUUUCCGUGGACCGUCUUGCAGGCUUUUCUCGCGACUUGCGAGGAUGAAAAAUGCCAGUGUAUAGAUGACCGUCGCGGAAAUCUCGUUCCCGUAAAUUCGACGAUGUGACUUGGGAAUUCAGGAAAAGUCAUGAGUUCACCGAAGAAAAGUGCCCUCGUCACAGAACUGGAUUCUCUGGAGUGUCGGGUCCUCCUCGUUGGAGAUGCCCAAUGUGGAAAGUCUGCUCUCAUCCAGCGAUUCGUUUCCGACAAGUUCUUAGAGGUGUACGCGCCGACGAGCUUCGACAAAUACAGCACGAGCCACGAAUGGAGCGGUCAGAUGGUCAACUUCCUCGUUUGGGAUACGUCAGGUGCCUCGGCGUACGACUCGGUCCGUCCGUUGGCUUAUCCUGAAGCCAGGGUCGUCCUCCUCUGUUUCUCCAUCGGGGAACCCGAAUCCCUUGACCACGUUGUCACCAAGUGGUACCCAGAGAUCCGUCAUCAUUGCACGACAGCGCCCAUCAUAUUGUGCGGCUGCCAGAGCGAUCUCCGCAAUGACAUCGAGACCAUCUCCAGACUCGCCAAGAUCCGCCGCAUCCCCGUCACUUCCGAACAGGCAUUACAGGUCAGCCGAAAGAUCGAAGCCGGAAACUACGUGGAGACGUCUUCGCGGACGUCGGUUAAGAGCGUGCGGGAUGCAUUCGAAGUGGCAGCCUUGGCGUCCCAUGGAAGGCUGAACGCGAGGGGAGGGGGAGGGUUAGGGAGUGGGGUGGUGAGCAGCCACGCUGUCAGACCGCCAUCCAAGACCAAUAACAAAGCUAGGCUGGACCUCAAGUACGAACUCAAGGACCGGGCCAAAGUCUGCUCCCUCAUGUGA